AUCAGUUUCUAACGUUGAGACAGCCUCAAGCGGAGCUGGUGUGUUUGGAGGGGCACUUCGCCGCAUUACUUCACGAAAAAGUGCCUUCGGGAAACCGAAGCUGGAUGGAGCUCUCGAACCUACGGAUCUUCCAUCUAGAGAUGUCUCUGGUGUUCGUCUUUCUGUGAGCAAAGGACAUAACGUCGUCCAGGAUAGUCCUGGCAUUCACGAGCCCAUCGAGAUACCUGUGGAGGCUGGGACACGUGUAAAUCAGUUGAGGCAGAGGUUCGGUCGCAUUCAGGUACGUUAUUUAGUUGUUUUUUAUCGCGAUUGA